CACAGUUUUGAUGAAAAUACACGCCGUCUAAACCCCAAAUCGCUAAAGUAUCCAUGACUAUGCAUUCAGUUGCUAGCUAACAGGUACACAGUGAGAUAAGUCUUUAUUUCAGUCAACAAAGGCCGCCCUGAUAGGAGGUGAAAUGAGUUCAAUCGGCUGUAGAAGCGGCGGCGCGGGUUUGUCUUGGGUUGGUCGCUAGAUGGCGGAAGACGUUCAGUUUAUGAGGGGGGGGGGGGAUUAACGGGAUAGUAGCCUACAUCGUGCUGCAGCCAGAGUUAUUUUGUAAUAUAGCAUCAAAAAAACCAUGAGAUGGCAUUCAAAGGCAAAGCGGUCGACUCGAAGACCGUGCUCUUCAAUCUUCUGCUGUGUCUGGUCAUAUUUUACUCUAUUUUCUACAUGGUUGGGAGUGUAUGUUUUGGUGCCUUCAGGUUGGAUCACUUUGAUGGACUGAUUCCAUUUGACUUUAAAACAGGACCUGCUGAAUCCAACUCCAAAUACUUGGUGAACCUCCUGUCCUUGGAGCUCACCUACUUUUGCAGUGGCCUUUUGUUUGCUGCAGUGGUGCGGAGGCGGGUCUGGGACUACGCCCUCACUGUCACACUUCUACAUGUAAUUAUCACCAGUCUGGUGAUGUUGGAGUUUCCCAUGGUGUGGCAGUGGUGGCUGGCUUUAGGCAGCGGCUUGUUUCUGAUGAUCUGCAAUGGCCAGCUGAUAGCUUACUUCACCUGCCAGAGUGAUCAGAGCUACGCCACCUUUAGCAUCUACUGACAGACAGAAAGCCACUCUGUCCAUAAACCGUCACAUAAAGGGUCCUGCGAAGUGAGGUCAAAGGGAUCAGACCAGAUGAUCUCUUCAUGGAGAUACCCUUUUUGUCACUAAAACAAAAACUCCCCAUCACACAUAAAGUCACUUGGGUCCAAUUUGUGUUUAUGGGUUGCCAACAGACUGGCAUCCCAUUGUGUUAUGGAGAUGUUCUCUGAAUCUUGCUUGUGAUAAUCCUCUGUGACUGUGCAGGAUUUU